UCCCAGGUCACGAGCCUAGAAUUAACACCUAAAGUUUGAUCACUUGCCCAAAACAUGCAGCAAGAAAAGGUGGAAGAAAGCUAGCAAAAGACAUACUGUAGAAGUCGCAGAUGAUCGUGGUUGUAGAUCAUGGGCAUGACUAUUUGCUAAAAAAAAAGGGGAAAAAGAGGAAGCAGAUGGUUGUGUUUGCAGAGAGUCAAAAGAAGACAUUGUCUUGUUACUGGUUAGAUUCACAUGGGACCUCUGAUCCAAUAUAGUCUGAGUGGGGGACCCCACACCUUACUACCAAUGUACCACACAAGAAACAACAAAAACUAAUAAAAGAACCAAAGACCCAGAAAGGAGUUGAAAAAGAUGGGGGCCUCAAAGGAACCCCACCUAUCUGGCAUUGGGAUCCGUACCUCCACCCCCACACCACUAAACAAAUAUAUCAAACACCGCAUGAAUCAAAUAACCCCACCCACCCACCAACACCCUCUGCUGCCGUCGCCUUCACGAGUCCUUCAUUUCUGCCCCUUUCUCUCCUCUCCCAUGCAUAUGAGUCUCAUUAUCUCCUUGAAUAAAGGGAUUUCUUUUUUGACUUCAGAGUAACCCCACACACACACACACACACACACACAUGAGAGAGAGAGAGAGAGAGAGAGAGAGAGAGAGAGUUUCUGCACAAUAUCCAAAAUAUAAAACCUAUAGCAACGACUUUAUUUUCACGUAAACGUUCUCUCACGCUAAAGAAAAAGAAAGAAGAAGAUUCCAUUGGUUAUCUUUAUACUUAUAUCCCCCACCUUCUCCGCACACAAGAUUGCUCAUAGACGCAAGAUUGCAGAGAGACCCACCAUUCUAUCUUGCUGCUUAUUGAUCACAAUGUCCGACUCCAGCCCUCCUGAGUUGCCAGAGCAAGCCACCAACACACUCAGCCACAUAGUCCGGAGCAUAUUCUCUUACGACGGAAACAUCAUGCUCGCGGCCGUAAUAUCUCUACUCCUUGUCGUCCUCUUCGUCUUGCUUCUCCACAUUUAUGCGAAAUGGUUCUUAGCCCAAGCCCAGCAACGGCGGCGACGCUCCAUGACCGUCUCACACGCGCUCCGACCCUCUCGGUUCCACCAUUUCCAUACCUUCAACCUUGACACCUCUGUUCCCAGCCCUCCAACGAAAGGUCUCGACGCGUCACUCAUUGCUACGAUCCCUCUCUUUCUAUACAGCUCAGCGGAGCACAAGAAUGGGUUGGAAUGCGUCAUUUGCUUGAGCCCGUUUGAGGAAAACGAGAUGGGGAGGGACUUGCCCAAGUGCCACCACGGUUUUCACGUGGAGUGCAUUGACAUGUGGUUGAGUUCUCAUACGAAUUGUCCCAUUUGCAGAGCUCCGGUGGUGUGCGAGGCUAAGGUCGUGACGGUUGGUUCGGAAGCGAAUUCAGGGACUGAUUCAGCUGUUGAUUCUUCGGAGGGGGUAGGGGUUGAGUUGGGAACUGUGGGCAGUGAUGGGGAUUCUGCAAUGGAGUUUGUGAUUGAUAUUCCGGGUUGCGAAAAUCAGAGUGAUCAAAAUGCAGUGAUGGGAGAUUCUGUAUCAGUAACUUCAUCAUCAUCUUCGUCCCUGAGUUGUUCGCUGAAGAGGAUGCUGAGCAGGAACAGAUCAUCAGAACGCAAGGUUUUCCCAUCGUCUAAUAUGAAUGAAGUGAGUGCUUGAGAGAGAGAGAGAUCACUGUGAAUGUCAAUACCCCAGCUCUUUGCUGUCUAGAGAUUUCUCCGAAAGUAAUCACCUUUUGCCAGAUUUUUCUCAUUGGACCUGUUAAUGAAACAUUAGUUCUUCCGGUUUUAAUU